CUGACAUGAAGUAGAUAUGCAACUUAAAAUACGUUUACUUUCUUUUGCCAUAGAAACUAAUAAAUAAAUAGUUGUAAAUAGAAAUUAAGCAGUAAAUAUUAUUUGAUUGUACAGAAAUCUUAAGAAAACCUUUUCUAAAUGACUACAUUUGGCUGUCCAGCUUCCGUAAAAAUGUCUACAAAUUCACUGGAUAUUGAGAACGAAAAAAGUGAAUAUAAAGACGAUAAUGAAAAUGUAUCCAUGGAUUAUUCCAUUAAACACCCGUUGCAAAAUUGUUGGACGCUUUGGUAUUUUGAAAACGAUAGAAAUCAAUCAUGGGAAAAAAAUCAACGAGAAAUAGCCUCUUUUGACACUGUUGAAGAUUUUUGGAGUUUAUAUAACCACAUAAAACCUGCCAGUGAACUGAAACAAGGGACAGACUAUUCGUUGUUUAAGAAAGGUAUUAGGCCGAUGUGGGAAGAUGCUGCAAAUAAGAAGGGAGGCAGAUGGUUGAUCAGUUUAGAGAAGAAACAGAGAACUAAUGAUUUAGACCGAUACUGGUUAGAUAUUAUUUUGUGCCUGAUUGGUGAAGCUUUUGAAAAUUCCGAUGAAGUUUGUGGAGCAGUUGUUAACAUACGGUAUAAAGGGGAUAAAAUAGGUGUUUGGACUGGAGAUGCCAGCAAAGGAGCAGCCGUGCUCGAGAUUGGGCGCAAGUUGAAGGAACGUUUGCAUAUCUCAAACCGGAUAACAAUAGGUUAUGAGGUCCAUAAGGAUACAAUGGAUAAGACUGGUUCUAGUUCGAAAUACUCUUACAGUGUAUAAUUUUAAGAGUUACAUAUUCAGUUUGUUAAUUUAUCUCAUAAUUUUUUCAUAAAUAUAAUUAUACUAUAGACAUAUUUGGAAUUGAUUCAGUUAAAUAUUAAUUUAUUAUUUGUUACUUGUUAUGGGUUAUCAAUACCAACAAAUUACAAAUUUUAGUUUUUUUUUGUAAUUAAUCAGUUAGAAUUGUAUCAUUUUUUAACU